UUCUUGUAUAUCCUUUUUUUAUGCGUUAGAUAUUAAAUUAUUUGAAAUGUGUUCUUUGAGCAGAGUUUGACUUCUGACUAGAAACAUGGUCCUUUCUGCUCUGGAGAACAAAUCUCAAUAACUAAAAGUCUUACCUGUUAAAGAUGAAAGGAAUUAAAAGUCAAGGCUGCAUGCUGUGCUGUGAUUGGCUGCUGUGCUGUGCUGUGAUUGGCUGCUGUGCUGUGCUGUGAUUGGCUGCUGUGCUGUGUUGUGAUUGGCUGCUGUGCUGUGCUGUGAUUGGCUGCUGUGCUGUGUUGUGAUUGGCUGCUGUGCUGUGCUGUGAUUGGCUGCUGUGCUGUGUUGUGAUUGGCUGCUGUGCUGUGUUGUGAUUGGCUGCUGUGCUGUGUUGUGAUUGGCUGCUGUGCUGUGUUGUGAUUGGCUGCUGUGCUGUGAUUGGCUGCUGUGCUGUGCUGUGAUUGGCUGCUGUGCUGUGCUGUGUUGUGAUUGGCUGCUGUGCUGUGAUUGGCUGCUGUGCUGUGCUGUGUUGUGAUUGGCUGCUGUGCUGUGAUUGGGUGCUGUGCUGUGAUUGGCUGCUGUGCUGUGUUGUGAUUGGCUGCUGUGCUGUGAUUGGCUGCUGUGCUGUGCUGUGUUGUGAUUGGCUGCUGUGCUGUGAUUGGCUGCUGUGCUGUGCUGUGUUGUGAUUGGCUGCUCUGUGUGUGUGUUUUGGUGUUGUGUGAUGAAGAGUGAAACAGUUGCGAGGUGUACAGAUGUAGGAAGCUGUUUCCUCUCUGAGGUGAAGUGAAAGCUGAGUGGUUAUGAAGCAGCUCUGUGGUUCAGCUGUCCUGCUCCUGCUCCUGCUCCUGCUGUGUGGAACAUUAGUGUGCAGUGCAGCACUGGAGGAGUCUGAACACAACACUUCUAACUGGACGAAGACUUUAAAAACCAUCAGAGAUGGAGUCCAAAAGAUACACACUUACUACAGAUUAUACAAAUACCCCAAAUACAUCAAACCUGCUCUGGAUUUAAACUCAGGACCUGAGGGACAGUGUGGCUUUAAAUGCACUGAUGGCAGAUCCAAACCCAUUCCCAGACCUCAUUACAAACACUCGCCACCUAACGGAUGCAGCGCUCCAGUGUUUGGAUUUCAUUUUGAUAUCGGGAUUCCCUCUAUGACGAGAUGCUGUAAUCAGCACGACCGCUGCUAUGAUACGUGUGGACGAGAGAAACACGACUGUGAUGAUCAGUUCCAAGUUUGCUUGGAGACCAUCUGUAGGAAUGUACAGACCACACUGGGACUGGACCAGAGCGUACAAGAGUGCAACUCGGCGGUGACUCUGCUCUUCGAUGCCAUCGUGCACCUGGGCUGUAAACCCUACCUGGACAGCCAGAGAGCUGUGUGUAUCUGCCGCUACGAGGAGAAAACUGACCUGUGAUCAGCUGCGUUCAGGCUCCGAGAAAUCCUGACGCCUUUUUAGGAGUGUGUUAAGAGUCAAACCCCGUCACUGAAGUCUGCAGCACUGCGCAGUUUAGUGUUUCUCUGAUUUUAAAGGUGCAAUUUGUCAUGUUUAAAAAUGUUUCUAGAUCUGUAAUAAUCAUGUAAAGUCAAGUCAAGUGGCUUAUUGUCAUUUCAACCACAUACAGCUGGUACAGUACACAGUGAAACGAAACAACGUUCCUCCAGGACCAGGGUGCUACAUAAACAAUACAGACCUCCAUGAGACUACACACAACUCACUAAAGACUACACACAACUCACUAAAGACUACACACAACUAACUAAAGACUACACACAACUCACUAAAGACUACACACAACUAACUAAAGACUACACACAACUCACUAAAGACUACAGCACAACUAACUAAAGACUACACACAACUCACUAAAGACUACACACAACUAACUAAAGACUACACACAACUAACUAAAGACUACACACAACUAACUAAAGACUACACACAACUCACUAAAGACUACACACAACUCACUAAAGACUACACACAACUAACUAAAGACUACACACAACUCACUAAAGACUACACACAACUAACUAAAGACUACACACUACUCACUAAAGACUACACACCACUAACUAAAGACUACACACUACUCACUAAAGACUACACACAACUCACUAAAGACUACACACAACUAACUAAAGACUACACACCACUAACUAAAGACUACACACAACUCACUAAAGACUACACACAACUAACUAAAGACUACACACAACUAACUAAAGACUACAGCACAACUAACUAAAGACUACACACAACUAACUAAAGACUACACACAACUCACUAAAGACUACACACAACUAACUAAAGACUACACACAACUAACUAAAGACUACACACCACUAACUAAAGACUACACACAACUCACUAAAGACUACACACAACUAACUAAAGACUACACACAACUAACUAAAGACUACACACCACUAACUAAAGACUACACACAACUCACUAAAGACUACACACAACUAACUAAAGACUACACACAACUCACUAAAGACUACACACAACUAACUAAAGACUACACACUACUCACUAAAGACUACACACCACUAACUAAAGACUACACACAACUAACUAAAGACUACACACAACUAACUAAAGACUACACACAACUCACUAAAGACUACACACAACUAACUAAAGACUACACACAACUCACUAAAGACUACACACAACUAACUAAAGACUACACACAACUCACUAAAGACUACACACAACUAACUAAAGACUACACACUACUCACUAAAGACUACACACCACUAACUAAAGACUACACACUACUCACUAAAGACUACACACAACUCACUAAAGACUACACACAACUAACUAAAGACUACACACCACUAACUAAAGACUACACACAACUCACUAAAGACUACACACAACUAACUAAAGACUACACACAACUAACUAAAGACUACAGCACAACUAACUAAAGACUACACACAACUAACUAAAGACUACACACAACUCACUAAAGACUACACACAACUAACUAAAGACUACACACAACUAACUAAAGACUACACACAACUCACUAAAGACUACAGCACAACUAACUAAAGACUACACACCACUAACUAAAGACUACACACAACUCACUAAAGACUACACACAACUAACUAAAGACUACACACUACUCACUAAAGACUACACACCACUAACUAAAGACUACACACAACUAACUAAAGACUACACACAACUCACUAAAGACUACACACAACUAACUAAAGACUACACACAACUACACAGGACUACACACAACUAACUAAAGACUACACACAACUCACUAAAGACUACACACAACUAACUAAAGACUACACACAACUACACAGGACUACACACAACUACACAGGACUACAUAAAGUGCACGUGUGCAAACGUGUGCAACAGCGCAAGACAGUACAACAAUUACUAACCAGGACAACCAGGACACAGUUCUACUGUGGAAUAAAGUGCAAUAAAUAAAAUGAAUAAAAA